AUGAAAUUUCUCAAUCCUGUCGCUUACAAAUUCACAGCUUCCGAUGACCCCAAUGUUCCUGAGACCUUGCUGGGUAUGAGAGCUGCGGGUGAAGACGCCUCGGCAAUAAUUGAAGCGGCAUCCCUAGUCAUUUCCAACAAACUACCCUUGAGUGUGUUGGAAAACCUUUUACAUCCCCAUCCGGCUAUCACAGAGGCUGUACAGGAAUGCGCUCGGAUGGUCAGCGGCAGAUCCAUAAAUAAACCACACGUGUUCUCUAGUUGCUAUGUGCGAUCGUUCAUCCCUCGGCAUGAAGAGGAAGUGGAACGGGUAGAGAUCGGAGGGCUUACACGGGACCUGGUACCGUCCUAUGGAGUGGAAGACUACGAAUUAUAAGCUGGACUUCACGAUUGUAGACAGUAAAAUGCGGGUGCCUGUGUAGUAGGGGCAUGUAACAAAUAAAUCAAAAUGCGGGUGCGUAUGUAGUAGAGAAAGGUAUCCAAAAAAAUCAAAUGAUGCGGGUGUAAAUCUAGGGCCCGGUGUGGAAAGGAAAGGGACUGGAUUGGGUGUUGUUUUGAAUUCGAGAUGUAUGUCGGGGCGAAAGAGAUUGGACGUACAGUGGCCUCUAUAUAAAUUGGCAGACGCUUUGAAGAAAGAGAAACACAGUAGAACAGUCCAUUGUGAAGAUCAAAGGUCAGCAAUUGGAUCAAGUUUGCAUAGAUGUAUAUCAAGGCGAAAAGGAUAUUUUAUAAAAACAAACUAUCGAAAAUU